UGAUUGCCUUUCAUGUUUCGUCGCAUUACGGUUUUUAUAUUAUCCCGCGAACUAAACAGCCACUCCAAAGAAAUCAGAAGAAAAAUCAGCAAAUUUUCGAUUUGUUUAUUGAUGAGCUCACCACCCAUUUUCCACUAACUGAUUCGGAAUCUCUCGUAAAAACAAAAGGUAAACGCAGGAAGAUUAUUGACUAGGAUUUGUUAUAAGAUAGCUUAAAGGAGGUUGUGCAUCCAUUUGUGGAUGAUGAGCAACCAGAGUCAAGGGGCGAGCAUAUCUUUGACAGAAAAUCCCCCUGUAAAGCGGAGACGUGGGCGUCCACGUAAGGAUGAUAGUAUUCAACGGGACAGCACACCUCCAACACCUGCAACUGAGAAUCUGAAAAACAAGCAGAGUGUGGGAACAAGCGACCCUACGUCUAAUGAAAUGGUAGGUCAGAUGGUUUCUGGUGUCAUUGAAGGUUCAUUUGAUGCUGGAUACCUUCUUAAUGUUAAGGUUUGUGAUACCGACAUGCACCUUAGGGGUGUUGCAUUUCUACCAGGGCGAUUCACUCCGAUUACUGCUGAAAAUGAUGUGGCUCCGCAUGCUAAGAUGUAUGAAAGAAAUGAUAUUCCUAUCCCAUUGGUAAACGCACAGGGUCAUCUCCAUGCUGUGAGUCCUUCAUCAGGGAAAAGUGCGAAGCCUGUUGAGGAUAAAAACGAUGCACCUAACCUUCCAGACCAAGGUCUACAAAUUGGGCUUUGUUCUGGUGCCAUGGCUGCUAGUAAGAGCCAAUCUGCCUGUAUUUCAAUUCCUCUAGCUAGUAACUUGCCAAUUAAUGACACUGGUCUUCCCGUGGGGCAAAAGGUCCUGCAAGACCGAAUGUUAGAUUCCGGAUUGCAGACAGAUAAAGCUGUGGGACGGAAUCAGUCACUGCUGGGAUUUGAAGCCUUAAAGCAGAUGAAAGGACCAAAUAUUAGCGUGGAGGCACUUAAUACAUCUGAGCCAGUGUCUGCAAUGUUUACUGCUGAUGUGCCAGCCGCUAAGAUUGUAAAUCCAAAUCCUCAAGUUGAUGACCAGGCCAUAUGUUCUGAUCUUAAGUCACAGGAAUUGUUUCAUGAUGAUGUGAAAAACCUUGACCUUGGUAACAACCAAACUCCCAAAAUUUCUGAGCCUGAAGCUCAAGCCGAUGGUGGUGAACCCACUCAAACCAACUUGUUCGAAAAACAGGCUUCAUCCAGGCUAGAUGUAGAUAUUUCUCAAGAUACUGAAUUGGAGCUUGCUACAAAGAUAAUUGGUGGAGUUGGCACGUCUCACAUGGAUGGAUUAUCUGCAAGUGAGGCUGCCACAACUGCUACGACAGUUUCAUGCUCUGAGUCAAUGAACAGCCAACCAGUAAUGAUAUUUGGAGUAGAAACCAUCCCAUCUGAGCCAAAGCCUGCGGCUGAAGAAACUGUUCCAGAAAUGGUUGUACCUGAAGAUAGUAGUAGUUCCUUAAUGGCGGCUGACACCAAUGGUGUGGAAUCUAAUGCCAAAGAUGCCAUCCCACCACCGCAAUCUUAGUUUUCAAGUUGUCAAACUAAAAACAGAAAAGGAACGAGCUUUACAGUCAAAAGUCUUGAUGAAUGAUUAGUGUUUAAUUCAUUACUGAGUUUAGGUGACAUUGGGGGUGGUGUUUAGGUACCCUUUCUCAAAUUUGGAUUAUUUGCAAUUGGUACUCUUUGCAAUCUACCUUUAACAUCAAGCAGUCGACAUUGUGUGCAGUGCAUGGUUUCAGGGA